UUUACAGAGAAUGUAUGAAAAUCCUCUCUAUAAGCACUUGAAGGGCUAUGACAAUGUACAAAUUCUAGUUUGCAUAAAAUAAAUAAAUAAUGCAAUGCGAAUAAAUUGAGUUCGAUAAUGUCGAACUUAUGUCAAUCGCAAGCUUCCUGAGACCACCACAACGUCAUAUUUUUUACCACAAAGUCAUUUCCUUUUACCUUGAUUUCGUUUUAUUUAAUGUGUACGCUAAGAAUUUAUAUUUAAAGUUUUGUGUUGAAGUUACACUGUUAUUUUUAUUUUUAAGAAUGCGGAUUUUUAAAGAUCGGUUUGAGCCAUGUUGUGGAUUUUCUUUGAGAUGGGCAGUUCGACUAAUGUCGAUAUUAAACGUGUUAAUGGUCUUAGUUGGGGGAGGAUUGUGUAUUCGUGACGUUUUUCAACUCUGGAACAAGUGGGAAAUUGAGAAAGUGGAAAACAGAAAGGACUAUUAUACUCGACUAGGACUUUGGAUCGCAUACGCAUUUCAUAUCAUUACUUCCAUUCCAGCGGAUUACCUUUUGUUCCAUGCCUCCAAGACGGAAAAUAUAUGCUACUUACGAAUUUGUUUCUUUUCAACGUUGAUAAACACCACAUUCUCAUUGAUUGUAUAUUACUUUCAUACCUUCUAUUUUGGUCUACACGUCCCAACUCUUGCCAUUUUUAAUGGUUAUCUAUUCUACAAGUACUAUGAGUGCGCCGUCAUCAAUUAUUUUAUCAAAGAAAUUAAGCUGGAAAAAGAAUUUUCUUCCUCAAAGCGAGUUUUGACCGAUGCAGAACUACAAGAAUUUGAAGAAGGGAUUUUUCCUCCUCCUUUCGACAUUGAGACGAAAGCUUUGUUGGAGAAAGUAAAUUAUGAGCGAUUCAAGAAAGAAGAAUAUGAGAUACACAUUAAUCAACUACGAUUUGAUACUUCUGACAACAUCCUUGGACAAGGCGCAUAUGGAUGCGUUUAUCGUGCCCAGUUGGAGAAGAAUGACGGAUAUACAACUACUGUGGCCGUAAAAAUGAUAAAUCCCGAGGACACUGACGUCGUAUAUUUCAAGGCCUUAUUAACCGAGGUGAAAAUUAUGAGUUGUAUCGGAAAACAUGAAAACAUUAUACAGCUUAUCGGUGCAACUACAAGAGAAAUUCGGCAAAGAAAGCUCAACAUGGUUCUAGAAUUUUGCGCGUUUGGAAACAUGACUGACUAUUUGCGAGGGUGUAGAGGACUCUACAGAAAUUUGGUUAAAAAUGGGGAAGUAGUUAUUCAGAAAAGUCACUACGAUACAACCCCGUUCAAUGAGUUUGAAAUAGUCUCCACCAAAGAUUUAAUCAGAUGGUCGUAUGAAAUUGCACGUGGAAUGGAGUACUUGGAGUUGAAGAAAGUAAUUCAUGGGGAUUUAGCGACCCGAAAUAUAUUGCUAAAUUCGAAAAGAAUUCCAAAAAUUUCCGAUUUCGGACUAGCUCGUCAGCUUUAUGCGUACUCGGUGUAUGUCAAAAAACAGAAUACGCCGCUACCUUGGCGUCAUCUUUCUCCAGAGUCCUUAACUGACAUGGCAUUUUCGUCCGCAUCCGAUGUUUGGAGUUAUGGAAUCACUCUCACCGAAAUAUUCAGUCUAGGACAAAUUCCUUGGAAUGGUUACGAUUUUAGUCUUCUUUUUGUGGAAAAAUUAAAGUGUGGAGAAAAACCCCACAUGCCCCCAUAUGCAACAAAUUUCAUAUAUAGAAAAUUAAUGCUGUUAUGCUGGGAACUAUGCCCAUCAAAUAGACUCAAUUUUUCUGGGGUUAUUAACAUGCUAUAUGAAGAAUACAAUAAAUUACUUUAAUACGAACAUAUUUUUAUUAAGUAUUGUUAUAAUGGCCGCAAAUAAAUAAAGUUGCGUGGUUUUAAGAAA